CCACGUGGAACAAAACCGACCUGCAGGCUUGCAGCUGCCAGGGCCACAGGAAUCUGUUCGCCUUCCCCGGAAUCUGGGCAUUCCUCUUGCACCCAUCUGGGGCUGCUCUGCACAUUGUCACUCAAAGGCAGGCACGCCUCCUCCGAGAGGCUAUUUAAGGAGAAGCUGGUGUGCAACUUUCUCCAAAGAGAGACGAGAAAUCCCGAAGAAGAAGAAGGCAGUGCGUGGGUCAGCGGGCUGAGUGCCUCCCUCCCCUCACUCGGGAUGUCUGGCAGCAGAGGGACAGCUGCCCACACUCUGCUUCUUCUGCUCCUUGCCCCUGCCUGGGUAGGAGCUCAGGGCUGCACGUACCCAUGUCGGUGUCCUUCCCAGCCCCUGCAGUGCCCUGCUGGCACCAGCCACGUGUUGGACGCCUGCGGCUGCUGCAAGGUGUGCGCCAGGCAGCUGGGCGAGCUGUGCUCCCUGCAGAAACCCUGUGACCACCACAAGGGACUCUACUGUGACUUCUCCAACAUCCACAGAGGCAGUGGGAUCUGCUUAGCUCGCGAGGGCGCAACGUGUGACCUGCUGGGCAAGGUGUACCACAACGGGGAGAGCUUCCAGCCCAGCUGCAAGCUGCAGUGCAUCUGCCUGGAUGGGGCCAUCGGCUGCAUCCCGCUGUGCUCAGCCGACCUGCGCCUGCCAUCCCCUGAGUGCCCCCACCCACGGAGGGUGAAGAUCCACAACAAGUGCUGUGAGGAGUGGGUCUGUGAGGAGGGCGGCCAGGAGGAGCGCUUAGAAACUGUCAUGGCAGUUUUCAGGGAGGAUCCCGAGCACGAGCCGGAGCUGAACAACCUGCAGGAGAACUGCUUGGUGCAGACCACCGAGUGGAGUGCGUGCUCCAAGAGCUGCGGCAUGGGCAUCUCUGCCCGGGUCACCAACAACAACCCCCAGUGCCACCUGGAAAAGGAGACGCGGCUCUGCAUGGUGCGGCCCUGUGACUUCCCCUGGGAGAAAGCCAAGAAGGGAAAGAAGUGUGUGCGCACCCCAAAGCCCCGCCAGCGUCUUCUCUUCGAGUUUUCAGGCUGCAGCAGCACCCGUUCCUACAGGCCCAAGUUCUGUGGCAGCUGUGUGGACGGGCGCUGCUGCACCCCAUACAUCACCAGCACUGCUGAGGUGGAAUUCCGCUGCCCCGAGGGGGAUUCCUUCCAUAGGAAGAUGAUGUUCAUCAAGGCGUGCUCCUGCCACUAUGACUGCCCCCGGGACAACGACAUCUUCCUGGACACCUACUAUAGGAGGAUGAUUGGGGACCACGUCAAAACAGACAGGCAGUAGCUCUCUGUGUGCCAGACCCACAGGACAGGGUGAAACGAGGGCUCUGCAAUGUUCUCAUGGCUGCAUUCCGGGGCAUCGCCGCCUCUCCCUGCUCUGUGAGGGGCUUCGUUCUUCACCACGGCACCGUUCGCCUCCUAUGGUCCUGGUGGCCUUGUUAAUAACAGUGGAUGAGGGAUCAGCCCCAUCUGCCCCACGCUGCUGGCUGACAGCACACCUCUGUGCAGAGCUCAGCAGAGGAGCUGGGAGCAAGCUUGAGCUGCCACCUUAAUCUGUUCUCCCAUAGAUUGGGUGGGAGAGUGGACUAAAGCCAUCUGGCUCCAGCCUGGCUCCAGAGGGAGCGCAGUGGGCACAGCACCCUGUGCCAUUCAGCUGCCCACACCAUGCAGCCAGAGAAUGGGGCAGGGGAAGCCCAGGAGGUCAGAGCCAGCUGGCACUCCCAGCCACUGCCAGCAGCACGGGGCUCUGAUGUGUGCUGCUGCAAAGCGGCUCAGUGAGGAAAGUGCUGAGGCCCCAUGCUGAGCUCCCACCGAACCUUUUAAUUAUUUUUGGUUAAUUAGAUUCAACAAGUCAGCAAAAGCUCUCCCCACCCCCAUGCUCACCCUUCGCCCUGCCUCAUGCUUUCCAACAGCAGCUCUUUGCUCCUGGAUGCCAGGAUGCCCUAUUCUCUGCACAGCUGAAAGCUGUCUUUUCUUUGUACAGUUAAAUUCCUUUCAGCCUCGUGUGCAGUGAGGAUGGCAGCAAAGCCAGAGGCACAAGGAGGCUGUGGGGUGUUACUGCAGGAACGCUGCUGUCCUUCAGAGCCUGGGAGGUUCUUUUAGAGAGGAGAAGACCCAGCCAGGUGUAGUUUCCUCCUUCAGACCCAAGGAGCAUUUCUGGAGCGGAGCAUAGCAGGUCUCCUCGUGGCAGCUGACAGUGCAAUGACCACGUCCUGCUGUCCCCUCUGUAGUCCCUUCAGAAGCAGCUCUGCAGGAGCUUUGGCUCAUGUGCACACAGGGGGGCUGGAGCUGCAUGAUGGUGGGUCAGGAGCUGGAGGUUUAAAGAUCAACUCAGAGCUCCCCAGGGGGAGCAGAUCUCUGAAGUUGGGCAACGACAGGGAGAGCCCUUGGAGCUGGGGUCCAACGGCUGGGCUGUCCCAUGGCACUGAGGAUCCAGGACAGCCACUCGUGAGCCCACAGCCAGCAGGGUUCUCAGCAGCCUCGUGCAUUUGCUUUCUGCUGAUUUCAGUAGAAACACACAGGGAAAGGCCUGACUUCGUGCCUUCCAUCCUCCCCACCCUCUCUCUAUCCCCACUGCUGCAGCCCAGCAGGAUUAUGGGCCACGCUGCAGCGCUGAGCCCUUCUCCAUCCCCGCUCCCAUUCCAAAGCAAAGCCGUGGGUCGGGGCCGAUCCAAACCCACAGCAGCUGUUCUCCCUUUGCAGCCCCUGAUUCCUCCCCCCAGGCUGCAAAACGCAGCCCCCACCUCAGCCCCCUCCUGCUCCCAUCCUGUGACCCUUCAGCCUGCUGUGCAUCAUCAGUGCAAACUGUAAAUAAUUGAUGCGAUGGUUUCUGAUGUUUUAUUUUUUUAAAGGUAUUUGUACAGGUUUUGUAUCCUAACCCCACUCGGGGCGUUUCCAUGUUGUAGAUUCUCCUCUUUGCCCUUCAGCUCAGUUCUGGGCUUUUUUUUUUUUUUGUAUUCCGAGCACCAAACUCAGCUGAGGUUGCACUUCA